AUGGCUGAUGAGAGCAGCCUGUCUCAGCAGAUAGGCAGCGUGGAGAGGAGCGUGGUGUUCCUCAGGCAGGAGCACCUCACUUUACUCCACGGCCUCCACCUGGAGAUCCUCUCCCUGCAGAAACGAUGCUCAGAGUUGACAAGUGAUCUAAAGGUGAAGCCUCCAGGCAGAAGCCAAAUAGAGUUACAGGAGGAAGAGGAGCUCCUGGAGGCUCGCUGUUGGGACGUGGAGAGCCGUCUGGCCGAGCAGGAGUGCACCUUGGGAGAGAUUCGUACUGAGCUGAGCUGUAAAGGGUCUUUGGUUGGAGCCCUCAGGGCCAAUCUCAAGGAAAAGGAGCGCCACUUCCUGGAGGAGCUCAAACGCCGCAGCCACUGUUCCACCAUUCUCAACACGGAGCUGCAGAAACAAACAGAAGCAGCAGCAUACCUCUCCUUCCAGCUGCAUGCCGCCAGGCAGAAACUGCACCACCAGCGGAUGCAGCAGAGGCACGGACUCCUCGCCCGAGCCAACGGUCAGGGGGCCCAGUAUGGUGCCGAGCAGAACUGUGUUUCCCCACAGAUGCCGCCAGGAGCCUCCCCGUCCUCUCCGGUGGUUAAACCCAAGCGCAAGAGUGCCAGGGCGUCUUCCAGAGCGGAGCGUGCACGUGAGUGUGUGCCCAUAGAGAAAGUGAUGGGCCCUGCGGAGCCCACCGCGAUGCCAGACCCUGCACUCUUCCUCCACCCUCGGAGGCACAGGGCUCGCUCCAGGCACACUGUGGCACAAAGACACCCUCCACUGAGCCUGGAGAAGGAUGAGGAGGAUGGAGGCGGAGAGGGGCCAGUGGAGCCUCAGGGUGAAGCUGCCAGACUGGUGUCUUCAGCAGCAGCGCCCCCUGCUGCUGAGACGAAGGCAGAUUAG